AUGAGACCUCCUUGCAUCUCAUCAUUCUUCACCUUAGCAUUCUUUUUCUCAGCUUCCACUCCAGCAGUGGCUCAUAAUGCAUGCAUGCAACCACCACUUCCCCCUGUCUCCCCUCCUUCCCAACGCAGGCAAGUGGCCAACAACUCUCUUUCUGGGAACCUUCCAGUUGCGCUUAGGGCCUCCUCCACACUUGCCACGCUUAGCCUUGCGGGAAACGGCUUCGCAGGCUCCUUGCCAGACUUUUCGCUCUGGAAGGGCAACUUUGAAACGCUAGCGCUGAGCAACAACAACUUCACAGGGCCCAUUCCUGACUCCAUCUCCACGCUCUCCACUCUGCAGGCCAUCAUCCUGGACAACAACCAACUGGCGGGGACCAUUCCAGCUACCAUCUUCAACAUGACGAACCUACAAUCGCUCUAUCUGGCCAACAACCGUCUGAGCGGCAGUCUGCCGUCUGCCAUCAGUCGCUUGGAGAAGCUACAACAGAUCUGGCUGGACAACAACAGCAUCGAGGGCCCUCUGCCAUCUGCCAUCUGCUCGCUGCCCUGGCUGUGGCGCAUCAUGGUGAGCAACAACCUUCUCUAUGGCCCUCUGCCAGACUGCCUCUUCGACAAGUGCAUCAACCAAAUCGAUGUGAGCAACAACAGCCUGUACGGGCGCAUCAGCCACAACUUCAACAGCAUGGUAGCGGACGGCGGCGCGCUCAUCAACCUCGCACACAACUUCUUCUACGGCGACGCCGUGCUCUUUGCCGCAGGCUGCCAGGUGUGCCCCGAGGAGAUCCCCCAGCGCAACCAGCUGCUGCUGGGAGACAGCAGCGUGCACGUGGCAGGGAAGUGCACUGACACUGCCUUCGGAGGCCAGCGAGACUACUCGGUGACGGGGGCAGGCAAGGGCGCCAGGGGGAGUCUCGCGGGCAACUGCCUGGCCCUCAAACGGGAUGUCAAGUGCCCGUCCAACGCCACUCAGCGCAGCACGGCAGCCUGCCAGGCGUUCUGCAGCAUCACGGACAACGGCCCGUGUGACGGUCAUGGGGCGUGUGUGCCGCCUGCUCCGGCCGUCCCGGCCAACUUCACGUGCAUGUGCGACGCCGGGUACUCCUCCGUGGACCUGGGCAACGGCUCCACCUGUGCCAUCACUGCUGUGUCAUCGCUGUCAACAGAUGCCAUCGUGGGCAUUUCUCUGGGGUGCUUUUUCGGGUUCUCUCUGCUCACUGCUGUGCUCGCCUGGCUACUGUGGCCCCGACGACAGAGGAAGUGGGAGGGGCUGGACCUGUGCGAGCAGUUCUCACUGCAGCAGCUCGUGAAGGCCACGGACAACUGGGCGCCUGAGAACUUGCUGGGGAAGGGCGGGUUUGGCACCGUGUACAAGGGGAUCUCGCCGCAGGGGCAGCUGUGGGCAGUGAAGCGCUCCACUGUCAUGACCAACGAGUUUGAGACGGAGGUGCGAGCCAUGGCAUCGCUGCACCACGUGAAUCUGGUGCGCCUGCUGGGCUUCUGCCAGGACCAGAACGUGGAGACGGGCAAGCAGGAGCAGAUCCUCGUGUACGAGUUUGUGGCCAACCGAGACCUGCACCACCACAUCCACAAGACCAAGACCCACAUGCACGCCAAGGUGGCUGACUUUGGGCUGCUCAAGCAGCUCACUCACGGCGAUGCUCAUGCCACCAGAGUGGAGGGCACACCCGGCUAUGUGGAUCCUGAUUACAACCGCACUGGGGUCAUCACGGCCAAGAGCGAUGUCUUCAGCUUCGGCAUUGUGCUUCUGGAGUUGCUGAGUGGAAAGCCACCCUCUUACCAUGGAUACUCUAUCAAGACCUGGGCGCAGAAGAGGGUGGAUACGUAUGAGCUGGACGAGCUCAAGGACAGCAAGAUGCAAGCCAGUGAUGUGGCCGUGGUGGACUUUGCUGACCUGGCGCUGGAUUGCACGAAGGCGCCGGGCACACGCCGCCCCGACAUGAAGGACGUGGUAUACCGCAUCCGUGCCCUCAUUGACAAGCACUGCCCUGACAAGGAGGAAGAGUGGGAGGGGGGUGGUGGAGACGAGAGUGCAAGCACCGGAGAGGUGUCGUGUGCCACCACCUGUUCUGCUGGCGGGAGCUCGAUGAGGAGCUCGAUGAGGAGCUCGAUGAGGAGCUCGGAUUCCGAUCGUGUCAAGAGUUGGCUGCCUCUGGGGUUCUUGUGGGGUUACUGA